GGCAGCCAUAAGUCAAAAUGGCGCCGGGUCUUUUCAUGUUCGUCACUGUUGCCCUCUCACUGCGCAGUCACGACGCAAAACCUGUUUCACAUCAUUUUUGUCCAAUUAGUGUCAACAAGGCAGCUCGAGGGAACAACUUGCCUCUUGUGACUUCUGACGCCUUGGAAAGCGGAGUUCCUGACCCCAUCACACUCAUGGCGGCCGCUGCCUGGGCUGAAGAAGAGACCUUUGCGUGCUCCGUAUGCCUGGAGAGCCUGAAGGACCCAGCAACUCUACCCUGUGGACACUCUUACUGUUUGGCUUGUAUCCAAAGCCACUGGGACAAAGGGGACAGCAAGGGCCAGUACAGAUGCCCCCAAUGCCGGCAGCGCUUCAAUCCUCGACCUACACUGGCUAAGAGCACGGUUCUCGUGGAAGCUAUGGAGAAGCUGAGGACCAACACCCUCACACAAAGUGGCUCUUCGAUGUUCUCUUGUGCUCCACCGUCAGAGCCUGUCUACCUGGAGUUAUGGGAUAGGGAUAUUGGAUAUAGAACAUAUAUGGGAUCACAGGAAGGCAGUGUGUACCCUCAGCUUCCCACAUCGACUUCCAGACCUUGUCCAAAACACAACCGGCCCCUGGACCUCUUUUGCCAUGAGGACAGGGAGUAUGUGUGCGAGGUGUGUUGUUACCAUGGACACAAAGGACACAGCGUGCUAAAACCUGCGGAAGAGAGGAAGCAGAGACAAAAAGAACUUACUCAGGUGCAAGCAGAAGUGAAGAGACUAGUCCAUGAGACAGAGAACACACUAAAGGAUGUCCCGAAUGUUACUCAUCAACAUAAGGCUUUGGCCCAGGCUCUGCAGAAAGAGAGACUCAGUUUGUUUUCUGAGGUGGCCAGCAUUGUUAAUCUCACCAGCACUCAGGUCAGUGAGCUUCUUGACACUCACGAGCGGUCUUUCGGAAGCCAAAUCGAGGGCCUGAUCCACGGACUGGAGCAGGAGGCGGUCCAACUCCGAUUGAAGGGAGAGGAGCUAAGCAGGCUGGCAAACAUGCAGGACCACACCUGCUUCUUAAAGAAUUUCUUCACCAUGGAGCAGGCAGGUGGAGCAUGUGCCACCCCAGACGUGUCAGUACUGAGCAAAGAGGAAGAGGUGGCAGCAUCUGUCCGCUCGACCUUAAAAGAACUACACGUGUCCGUAAAGGAGAUGUGCAAAUCUACACUGGCCACACUUUCUUUAUUAGUGAACGAGCACUCCGCCACAGCACCAAGCGUAACUCCAGAUGAUGAUCAUGGACAGGCCACUGUACAAAACACUGUUUACGAGAUGCUAAAUCCUGUACCCCCUCCACGACCCCAAGGUCAUGUGUCAACCAAGCCUUCAUGUCAGCUUCCAGUCCCUUUACUGCCACCACUACCGUUUCCUCAGCUUCAAGCAUUCUCUGGAACAACAGUGGGACUGGUCAGUCCAGAACCAAAGAUGAGAGAAGAAUUACUCAAAUUUCGCUUUAAGCCCACCAUGGACCCUGACACAGUGUUUCGGCAUAUACUGCUGUCAGAUGGAGGACAUAAGGCCACAUUGCGAGCGGUAAACCUGAACCUGACUGACCACACUAAACGUUUCCAGUACUGGAGGCAGCUUCUGUGCAGAGAACCACUGGCUGGCAGCCCUUACUACUGGGAGGUGGAGUGGACAGGACAAAAGAUUACCAUUGGAGUGGCCUACAAGGAGCUGGAUCGGAAAUCUACUGAUGACAAGAGCCGUUUGGGCCACAAUCCCCAUUCUUGGACGUUGUACUGGUCUGGGACAGGUUUCUCCUUCUGGCACAAUGGUCAUGAAAAACUUCUGGGCUCGCCCAAAAGCAGGAGGAUUGGUACCUAUUUGGACCAGCAUGCAGGAAUUCUGGCCUUUUACCGCAUCACCAACAACCAGGCUGACCUCAUCCACAGACAUAUGACCCAGUUCACUGGCCCAUUGUAUCCAGGAUUCAGGUUCUGGGGAGGAGCUGGAGCUACAAUCACAAUCUGCCAGUUGGAGUGAAAUAUGCACAAAGGCAGAAGGGUUGCUGUAACUUGUUUUAUUGGUCCUCUUUGCCUAAUGAAUGUAAUGAAAUCUGAAAUGUUUGAUUUAAUAAAGUGCAAGCAGAAAAAAGAA